AAAGGCUCCAGUAAAGUUCACUUAGAUAUAUAUCUAUCAAUGUAUUACUUACCUGGGAUGGUGCAGUGGAUGUGAAAACGGUACAUAGAGUAGUAGUAGUACAUGAUCUGAGCUGAGGUAAGCUGCAACAAUGGCCAUGGACAUCAGACAGCAUUUUCGGCCUAUUAAAAGUGAUCAGAAGCUGAGAAAUUCUGUAAAGGUGGCAGUAUUAAUCAGCGAUGAUGAUGACGACUUCAAAGAUUCAGCAAAGCGACCAUCUUCAAAAGCCAAGAAAAGCACCAAGUCAGUCAGCAAGUCACGCAAAAGAACCCGACAACGUUUUACAGAUGAGUCAGAUUUAGAAGACGAGGGAAACAAGAAGAUAAAAAAAAAGACAACUCCGAACAGAACAUCCCCUCGCAAGAAAAAAUCAAUGACCACUCCCUUGUCCGGAAAAAAAGUUGUGUCAAAAGUUCAGUCAGCUGCAAACUUUUUCGGCUCAGAUCCCAUUAAAAGAACUAAGGUGAAGAAACCAGUGAUAGAAAAGAAGCUGCCAGACGUUGACAAGAGUAGCAAACGCAGCAGUCCUGACUCUGACUUGUAUGAAAUCCCAGAAUCACCCAUGGAUGUCACAGAGAUCGACAAAGAGAUAGAAAAGGCACUGCAAGAAGACACAAGGAAAACAAAUAAAGAGGAUAAAAUCCAUGAAAGCAAAGAAUUCAGUGAGACCCUAGCCAAUUUAGACAAGAAAGUGUCAGUAACUGAGUCGAAAUGUCCACCUGUUAAAAAACUAAAGCUGAUGAUGGAGAAACUUCCCACCAGUCGCUCACCAUCGAAAACACCUCAGUCCACACCCACCAAAACUCCUGCCAAAAUCAUUCCAAAAAAGAAAAGAUUUGCAAAGAAACAAAUCCUUUAUGAAGACGAAGAUGAUGACAUCACAUCAUCAACGACUAAACAAGUUACUCCUGUAAAAGCUAUUGUAACGAAAUCACCAGCAAAGCCAUACAGUACACCAAAAGCUCUGGUAAAGCCAUCUGUAUCAAGAACACCUUCUUCUAGUCGUAGCACAGCCACACCUGAUUCGUCCGUUAUUGCGAAGUCAGUUAGCCCUGCCGCUGGUGAGACUCCCAAACCCACUCGCUCUGACAGCUACAAACAGUAUCUGAAUAGAGGAGGUCCCAAAGCACUCGGCUCUAAACCUAUUCCCGAGGGCGCAGAUGGUUGUCUUGAGGGGCUGACAUUUGUCAUCACAGGCGUCCUGGAAUCUCUUGAGAGGGAGCAGGCCGCUGAUCUGAUUAAGAGGUACGGGGGGAAGGUGACCACGUCCAUAAGUGGCAAGACCAGCUUUGUGGUCUUAGGAGAGGAGGCUGGACUGAGCAAGUUAGCCAAGGCUGAGAAACACGGCACCAAGCAGGUAGACGAAAAUGGUCUGUUUGAGCUUAUCAAGACCAGACCUGGCAGUUCGAAAACAGCUGCUCCCCAAGUCCAGAAGUGGCCUGCUGCUAAACAGAAGUCGACCAGUCUUUCAAAGAAAUCAAAACCACCUCCUAUGAUAAAGCAUCCUCCAAUUGUAGCUGUGCCUAGGGUGGGCACACCUAACACCUCUAAGAUAAAGAAAGAACCAGAGACCUUGCUAUGGGUAGACAAGUAUCGGCCAAAGACAACCAAGACCGUUAUAGGGCAAUCAGGAGAGAAGAGCAAUGCCAAGAAACUGUCCAGGUGGCUCAGCAACUGGGAUAACAAUCACCUCAAAGGGGGCGAGACUAAACGUCCUGUGAAUCGUUUCAAUGACAACGGUUCCUCAUACAAGGCAGCUUUAUUGUCUGGUCCACCUGGUAUUGGGAAGACCACUACUGCCACUCUAGUGUGCGAGGAGAAUGGAUUCUCUUACAUUGAAAUGAACGCCAGUGCCAAGCGUAACAAGGCCACUCUUAAAGGAGAGGUAGCUGCUCAACUGACCAGUUUGUCCAUCUACUCUUUCAUGGAUGGGACAAGGGGCGGGGACAAAAGUGGCCACAAGCAUGUGCUCAUCAUGGACGAAGUAGAUGGCAUGGCAGGAAACGAAGAUAGGGGAGGCAUGCAAGAGCUGAUCUCGAUGAUAAAGACCUCACAAGUUCCUAUCAUCUGUAUCUGCAAUGACCGUCAGAGCACAAAAGUCCGCUCUUUGGCCAAUCACUGCUAUGACCUUCGCUUCCAGAAACCCCGUGCUGAAACCAUCAAGGGAGCCAUGAUGAGUGUCUGCUUCAAAGAAGGAAUCAAGAUUGAGCCUUCGUCACUAAUGGAGAUGAUUGUGGCCUCAGGGCAAGAUGUACGACAGGUGUUGCAUAAUCUGUGUCUUUGGGGGUCCGGAGACAAGACGCUGAGUGCAGAAACUGCUAAAGAGAGUGCAAGGAACACUCAGAAACACGCGAAGAAGAGUCCGUUUGACGUUGUCAGACUGGUGUUUGAUCCUAGGAACGGGGACAGGGAGCUCUCUCUAUCAGAUAAAUCUGACCUGUUCUUCCACGACUACUCCAUUGCUUCCCUGUUUGUGCAAGAGAACUACCUGUCGGCCAAGCCAGCUUCAGCCAGAGGUGACCCCAGAGCCAUGCUUAAAUGCAUGUCCCGUGCAGCCGACUCCCUAUGCAAUGGAGACCUAGUGGAGAAGCAGAUCAGAAGAACGAACCAGUGGAACCUUCUUCCCACACAAGCCUUCUUGUCCAGUGUGAUUCCUGGGGAAGAGAUGAAGGGGUUCCUGGGUAAGCCAGAGUUCCCACGAUGGCUGGGACAGAACUCAAAGAAGACUAAGUGCGACCGUAUGCUUCAGGAGCUGAGCAGACACACCCACUUAAGGACAUCCUGCAACAAGACUGAAUUUGGGCUGUACUAUCUGCCAUUCCUGUCAACCAAGCUGAUACGACCUUUACUCGACAAGGGGGGUGGAGGUGUGCCUGAGGUGAUCUCCACCAUGGCAACGUAUGACUUGACAAAGGAGGACUGGGAUGCCAUGCAAGAGCUGGCUCACUUCACUGGUCGCCCAGACAGAGUGUCACAAAUACCCUCAAACGUCAAGUCCCAGUUCACUCGGACUUACAAUAAGGAGAAGCAUAUGUCUCACUACGUUGUGGAAACAUUAAAACCCAAAAGAAAGACGACGGUGGACUCUGAUCUCUUAGGAGACGAAGAUAAUGCAGCUGUCUCUGAGGACGAGGAUGAGGCAAUCGAUGGUAAUCCCAUGAUCAAGGUCAAGAAGGAACCCAUUAAGAAAACUGACAACCCCAAGAAAGGAGGGUCAUCUAAGAAAAGGGAACCUUCCAAAGGAGGAACAAAGAAACCUAAGGCUAAGAAACCAAAACUAUAGUGAUUUGAUCGCGCUUAUAAUAAAUGAUAUUCUUUUUGCAUUGUUGAUUUGCUCAUAACAACACUCACUUACUUACACGCUUGUAUGGCUGUAGCAUUUUCAUUAUUCUAAACCAUCAUUCUCACGCAAUGCAUCACACUUAAUAAUUAUUACAUGUAUA